CUGCCAAAUAAACGUCGGUCUCCGGAUUCGUCGAUUCUCCCGGAGAAACGUAACAGCUGGUGGCAGCGGUGGGAUGGAUCGACGACGCCGGGUUCCAUGGGUGCUGUCGGUGAGUGCCUGAGGCUUCCUUUCCGUUCACCGAGCAGCUUAAGUGUUUAAGGCAGUUAGUUCUGUGGUGUCGCCAAACGGUUGAUACGGGCGCUGGGCAAAAGUAGCCAAACUUUUUUGGAAAUUUCUGAACAUGGAUCCGAUAAAUCUCGCGGCGAUUGUGAAGCCCGAUUUAAUGCUCUUAGCGGAAGAGCUGGGUGUUAAAGUGGUCAAGGCCAUGAGAAAGCCCGAGAUUAUCAAGGCCAUUGAAGAUUGUGGCGCGGGCGCCGACGAAAUUUCCGAGUGUUGGAGCGAGGUGCAGAAGAGACAAAGGGAAGCGGAACUUCACGCGGCUCAAGAAGGGCUUCGGGUUGCUCGAGAAAAACUUGAGCUAGAAAUGCUUCAACGUAACUUUGACGCUGGUGAGGCCAUUGUGGUGGAUAACAGCUCGAAAAAGUUUGACAUGCGAGCCCUUUUGCAACCUUUUCGCGUCGGCGGAGACAUGGGUCUCUAUUUAGUAAAUUUCGAACGGGUUUGCGUUAAGAUGGGUCUUGUAGAGUCGAGCUGGCCUCAAAGGCUCUUGAGUUUACUGCCAGCGGAGGUGGCCGACGUUUUGGCCCGACUAGAUCCUACAGCAGCCGAUGACUACGCGUCCGUAAAGUCAUGCCUGCUUAGGAAGUUCAGGUUGUCGCCUGAAGCUUUUCGACAGAAAUUUCGAGAGACAAGGAAAGGACCGGAGGAAAGUUACGCGGAGUUCGCUUAUAAGCUUAAAGGCUUUCUGGAAAGUUGGCUCCGUGGUGUCAACUCUUACGAGGAUCGUGAAAAGGUGCUGGAGCAGAUAGCACUAGAGCAGUUUCUCUCCUGUAUUCCGACAGGUCUAAAGGAGUGGAUUCAGGAUAGACCGGAAGUAGAAACGGUGCAAAAAGCUGCAGAUUACGCGGAUGAGUACUGCUCUAGGCACGGGAAGAAAGUUGUUGAAGAAAACCGUAGCUCAAACCGUUUCUACGAACGAUGCGGACCUCGCACGUUCGUGAAGAAAGGCGCCGAAAAGGGCAAAGAGAGUGAAGUACCGACAAAGGGAGUGUCUGAUUCAGACGAAAACAAACGUAAAAUGAAGGCGUUCGAGGAGCGUAAACCAAUAGUGUGCUACAGGUGUAAACAGCCUGGUCAUGUCGCUUCUGGUUGCCGCGUCCCUAAAGUUGCUCCCGUUAACUUGUGUCUGGGAGAAGCGGAGGACUUACUCAGGCCGUAUCUGUACGACAUGAAAGUAAAUGGUAAAUUCUGCAAAGGUUUACGAGAUACCGGCGCCACGUAUGAUCUGGUACACUCUUCGCUAGUGGAGCAAGAACAUUUUACAGGCGACUGUGUGUGGAUCCGUCAGGCCUUGGAAAAUCGGGCAGUUAGUCUGCCCCUCGCUAAGGUAAAACUAAACGGACCUUUCGGAGUAGUGGAAACGGAAGCAGCUGUUUCUGACGGAGUGCUUCCAAACUGUCCGUACAUACUGUCAAACAGAACUGCAAGGCAAUUGAGCGAGUCGGGUAUACCGCUUGACAUGAAUCCUGUUCUAAUCGUCACGCGCUCAAUGACAACUAGUGCAGUGCCGGAAACACUUCAGACGGAAGCGCGCGCGUCGACUGGUAAAACCAGCAGCGGGCCCGAUAAAGAGCCGAACGAAGGAGCUGACAUGACCACGCUGGUUUCGCCGGAGAGCAGCAAUUUUCGUGCGCUAGCCGGUGUAGAUAAGCUUACGCUUAUCGCCGAACAGUCAUCCGACCCGAGUCUUUCAAAGUGUCGUGAUAGCGUGGGAAAAGAAAUCAAGCCGAACAUCUCCUUCUUUAUGAGCAACGGCAUUCUUUACCGUAGUUUCAAGGACAAAUCGGGGAACGAGGUAGAUCAGAUUGUCGUUCCAUCCAAGUAUAGAAUUGCAUUACUCGAGCUUGCUCACGGAGAAGGGUGGUCGGGACACCUAGGAAUCACAAAGACCAAGUGCAGGCUUUUGGCAGAAUAUUAUUGGCCGGGCUGCUUUAAGGAGGCUGAGCAAUUCGUCCGUUCUUGCGACACCUGCCAAAGAACAGGACGACCAAACGAGCGCCGAAAGGCGCCUCUGACACUAGUGCCCAUAAUCACGGAACCUUUCAAAAGGCUAGUGAUAGACGUCGUAGGACCCCUACCUACAACUAAGACGGGUUUUAGGUACCUUCUAACGAUAUUAUGCCCAGCCAGCAAGUUCCCAGAAGCCGUUCCAAUGAAAGAGCAGACAUCGGUCGAAGUAGUAGAUAACUUGCUCUCGGUCUUUUCUCGGAUCGGGUUUCCUAGUGAAAUUCAAUGUGAUCUGGGUAGUGUUUUUACCAGUGCUCUAACAACCAGCUUUUUCGAGAGGUGUGGCAUUAAGAUUGUUCACAGUUCUGUAAGCCACCCGCAAAGUAACAGCGUAGAGAGAGCGCACUCGGUAAUGAAGCGCAUUCUCAGGGCCCUUUGUCACGAACAGAAAAAAGAGUGGGACUUGGCAUUGCCCGCUAUGCUUUUCGCGUUGCGAACCGUUGCUCACGAGUCAACUGGUUUCACGCCAGCGGAACUGGUCUAUGGACGCAAUUUGCGUUCACCUUUGCGGUUGCUGCGCGAGGGCUGGGAGGGUGAAGCCGAGAACCCAACAGUGGUGGAGUAUGUGCUUUCCUUACUAAACCGUCUCCACAAAACGCGUGAGCUAGUUGAGGCUAACCUGGGAAAAGCGCAGUCGCGAGGUAAAACCUACUAUGACAAAAACAGCCGCCUCCGAACGUUUAAGGUGGGUGACAAAGUCCUACUUUUGAGGUCUUCUAAGGCUCAUAAGUUGGAAUUGCAAUGGGAAGGACCAGCAACGGUCCAGCAGAGGCUAUCAGAGACAAAUUACGUGGUAAAACUGCCAGGUCGCAGAAAAGAGGUCCGCAUAUACCAUUGCAACCUUAUGAAGCCGUACGUGGAAAGGGUGCAAGUAGUCAGCAUUGCACUAAACCAACCAGAGGAAGUUCCUACACGAAUUCCUGAGCUGGGAAAAACCGACGGGAUCCUGACAAUCGCCGAAGUCGUAGAGGCCGCAGUCGAUAAGACGCUCACCCAAAACCAGUUUUCGGAUCUUACGGCAUUAAUUGGCAAAUACCAAAAAUUGUUUUCAACUAUUCCCGGAAGAACGAGUCUAGUCGAACAUGACAUCGAAGUGAGGACUCGGUCGAAUAUUCAGUGUAAGGCCUAUCGCUUUUCCCCCCGCCAAGAAAAGCUAUUAAAGGAGUCCGUAGAUCAAAUGCUAGAGCUAGGGUUGAUUGAGCGGUGCGAGAGCGACUUCGUGUCUCCUAUGAUUCUGGUAGAGACUCCAGGAAAAGAACCUCGUCCCUGUGUGGACUACCGAAAGUUAAACGCGGUAACGGUAACAAAAGUCUACCCAAUCCCUAAUAUCGAAACUUGCCUUGAGAAAGUAAGCAAAGCCAAGUUCAUCUCAACCAUCGACCUCGUUAGAGGUUACUGGCAAGUGCCACUUACCGCGAACGCCAGUAACCUUGCCGCCUUCAUGACCCCGUUUGGUGUUUUUAAGCCGCUUGUCCUGAGCUUUGGACUGAAAAACGCACCCUAUGCGUUUUCGAGACUGAUGAAUCUGGUACUGGUCGGAACCGAGUCUUUUGCGUUACCGUACCUAGACGACGUCGCUAUAUUUUCGGACACGUGGAGAGAGCACGUUCAGCACCUAGAACAGGUGUUCUCGCGCCUGCAAGACGCAGGACUUACAGUCAAGGCGAAAAAGUGUAAGUUUGGCCGAGGCGAAGUAUCGUAUCUCGGACACGUAGUCGGUCAAGGAAUGAGACGUCCACAAGAACUCAAGGUUCAGGCCAUUAAAGAGUUUCCCUUGCCACAAACAAAAAAAGAUUUGAUGUCCUUUAUCGGACUGGUGAAUUACUACCACCAGUACAUUCCCCAGUUCUCUGAAAAGGCGAGUCCCCUGACGGAUGCGCUCAAGAAAACUGAGCCCACUAAGAUCAAGUGGGACGAUCGCAAGAUAGAGGCGUUUGAGGCUCUUAAGUUAGCCUUGGCGACUCAGCCCGUGUUAGUCAGCCCUGACUACACAAGACCCUUCUUAGUGCAGUGCGACGCCAGCGAAAAAGGACUCGGCGUCGUUCUAAGCCAAGAAAAUGAAGGGGAAGAGCACCCCGUUUUGUUUGCCAGCAGGAAGCUAACUUCAAGGGAGCAAGCCUACAGUACCAUCGAAAAAGAAUGCGCUUGUCUCGUAUGGGCUGUAGAAAAGCUUCGCUGCUAUCUCUAUGGUUCGGAGUUUAUUUUAAUUACAGAUCAUAGACCGCUCACAUGGCUUCAGCAGCUGUCCCCCAAAAACGGUCGCUUGUUACGCUGGAGCUUGACCCUCCAGGAAUAUUCUUUCUUGGUUCGACAUAAAAAAGGAAAGCUUCAUGCGAACGCAGAUUGUCUGAGCCGAGCGCUCUAACCGGCGCACAGUGCGAUUUUCUGUUUCUUUUGUCUCAUCUGCACAUUUGUAAAUAGUUCCAUUCAAUC